UCCUUCUCUUUUGUUCUUUUUCAGCCUGAGAACAUUCUUUGUGUCAGCAGAGCCACUAACAAGAUUAAAAUCAUCGACUUUGGCCUGGCCAGGAGGUAUAAGCCCAGGGAGAAGCUGAGGGUCAACUUCGGAACACCUGAAUUUUUAGCUCCUGAAGUCAUCAACUAUGAGUUUGUUUCAUUCCCCACAGACAUGUGGAGCCUUGGCGUCAUCACUUACAUGCUGCUCAGUGGCUUGUCUCCGUUUCUGGGGGACGAUGACAACGAGACACUGAACAACAUCCUGGCCUGUCAGUGGAACUUUGAGGAGGAGGAGUUCACAGACAUUUCUGAUGAGGCCAAAGACUUCAUCACCCUUCUGCUGGUGAAGAGCAAGAGCUGGAGGAUGAGUGCAGCAGAGUCCCUCAGACACCCCUGGCUGUCAGACCGGAGUCUGCACUAUCGACUCAACCAGAAGAAAAACAAGUGCCACUCCACACAUGCUCCUUCUCCAGAGAGCUAGACAGAAACACCGUGAGGCCCUCAGCAUGCCUUUUGACAAUGUAGGGCCAUGGAGCUCAACACUGGACCAAUGCUGCUUUACCUGUAAGGCUACUGGACGACUACACUUGCAUCUCAUGCUUUGCACCGCAGCUUAUAGCUCUGACCUGAGAAAAACAGACUUUUUUAAUGCUGCCAUCAAGGCACAAAAUUAUCUGUUAGCAUGCUUGCUGUCCUGUGGAGCACAAAACUUCAGACUGAACCAGUGAGGACUCGCUCUUUCUACAGUGGUGUGCAGAGUGACCUGUCACAAUAAUGACUCCACAGUAUUAGAGACUAAAGACCUGAAUCUACACCUACAACUUCCACAUGUACCACUGAAAAGGUGAAGAGAAACUGAAAAUCAGCAGUUUAGCGUCAAACAGAGGCUGUUAUCCUCCCCCUGACAGUGAUCAAUUUUGCAUAUUCUCCUGGUUUGUUGCAUGCUUUGCACCUUUUGGCCUAUUUCUUCAAGAUUUAGCAAACAACUCAUAGACUGAAUGCUAUUAUUUGAAUAAUAUAUUUUUGUGAAUACAGAUUUUUUUUCUUUCUUUUCAUUUACAAGUCUUAUAAAAUGUUUUUCUUUCUUG